AUGGAUAAAUCAAAUGCCACACACGUCGAGGAUGGUUUCGAGACGAUAGCAGACUAUGACAAGGGCCUCAAGGUCGACCGCUCCAAAGUCAAUGUCAGCGGCACCGUGCAGCUUACUGCCGGCAAGAUCGUUUACAUCCCAUCCCCGACUGCAGACCCCAGAGAUCCCCUGAACUGGAGCACAUGGCAGAAGAUCCUAGUUAUGUGCUCAGUAUCACUCUUCUCCGUCGUCGCCCUGGGAAUGAUCAGCGGGUUCGGUGGCCUCCUCAGCAUGUACAUACCCGAGUACUCCAAGAUCGGCAAGGGAUACACCGAGAUCGGCUACCUGCAGUCGCUGCCCAACAUGACCAUGGGCUUGGGUAACCUCUUCGGCAUGCCCAUCGCCAUCGCCGUCGGCCGCCGCAGCGUUCUGCUGUUUGCGACUGCCGUCAUGUGCGCGGCCAUAGCCUCGUGCGCCGCCGCAGGCACGGCCGCCGAGAACUACGACUGGCACCUCUGGUCCCGCAUGAUCAUGGGGGUGGCCGCGGGCCAGAGCGAGGCCCUGGUGCCCAUGAUUACGCAGGAGAUCUUCUUCCUGCACGAGAGGGCCCAGUACCUCAUGAUCCAACAGACCAUCCAGACCAUCGUCGUCGCCAUCUUUGUCCUGUUUGCGAGUCCCAUCGCCGCCGCCAUCGGGACCGCGUGGUGGUACGGUCUGGGCUGCAUCUUGUGCGGCCUCUGCUUCAUCGUGGCCUUGUUCUUCCUCCCAGAGACAAAGUACUACCGUCCACAGGCGGCGUACCAAGAGUCUGCUGCAUCCAGCAGUGGUAGCGGCAACGAGGCAUGUGAUGAUGGUUACCAGCUGCAGACGGAGCGGCCGCCGCUCGACUUUGUAAACUUCGAAGCACGAACUUUCAAGUCCGACAUGCGUCUGUGGAUCGGCAAGCCUGAGUGGGACAAGGCUUGGGUUGUGUUUAGGGAUGCGUGGACCAUGCUGUUCUUCCCCAACGUCUUCUGGGCCAUGCUGGUUAACGGCAUCACCCUGGGUGCCAACGUGGCACUGAGCAUGACCUACAGCCGAAUCGUCGAGUCCCCUCCGUACAACUGGCCAGCCUCUUCUGCCAGUUAUUCUAACGCUGGACAAAUCAUAACCUCAUUGGUUGCCCUCCCAGUCUACGGUUACGGCUCCGACUGGAUCAUAAAGUGGUUCGCCCGUCGUCGAGGCGGCAUCCACGAGCCCGAGACCCGGCUGGUCCCCGUCUUCCUCCCGAUCUGCAUCGGCGUCUUCACCAUCGUGCUGUACGGCGAGGGCGCAGCGCACCCGGAGAACUACCACUGGUUCACGUACGUGUGGGCGCUGGCGGCCUACUACUUCACCUUUAUCGGCGCAAACAUCGUCGCCAUCACGUACCUGCUCGACUCGUACCCGCAGCGCGCCAGCUCCCUGCUCAUCAUCAUCUGCGCGCACCGCGGAUUCCUCUCCUUUGGCGUCAGCUACCGCCUCUGGGACAUGGUCGACGCCAUGGGUUACGACGGCGCCUUUGGCAUGUUCGGCGCCCUCACGGGAUUCAUGGGCGUACUGGCUGUUGUGCUGUUCUUCACGGGCAAGAGGAUCAGGCAGUAUACCGGUCGCUGGGUGACGGUUCAUGAUAAGUCUGAUUGA